AUGGAGCCCGAGCGCCUCUCGAACCGCGAGGCCCUGCUGGAGCGCAUCAGCUCUGGCUGCCAUGAGCUCGACGGGCCAAAGGCGGUCGGCGUCUCCGCCUCGCUCGCCCAGCUCGACUCGCCCGUGCGCAUCUGCCUAGUUGGCCUCGGCCGCGCCGGCGCCUUCCACAUGCAGUCACUUCGCUUCGUGGGCGCGCGCGUGGCGCAGCUGGUGUGCGUGGUCGACACCAACCUCGAGCUCGCCCGGCGCACCGCCACCGAGUUUGCGGCGAGCGACUGCGUCGCGAGGGCGACCCUCGAGGAGGUGAUGGCUGACGUGGCGCUGGCGGGCCGCGUCGACGCAAUCAUCAUCGCCUCGACGACAGACACGCACUACGGGCUGUGCAAGCUCGCCCUCUCCGCCUCCAAGGCCACCUUCACCGAGAAGCCAAUCUCGCACCACGCCGACGAGGUCGACGAGGUCAUCUGCCUCGCCAAGGCGGCCAGGGCGCCGCUGCCGGCUGCAGCGGCGAAGCGGAGAGAGGAGGGCCCGGAGGCAACGACACAGGGAGGCUGCGAACAGGAGCCGCCCAACAGCCGUCCGGGAGCUCUCUCGGUAGGUGCGCUGCGCGAUCUGAUCGCCGAUGGCGCCCUCUCGUCCGAGCCAGGCAUCUUCCACGACAUGCUCUCGCACGACUUCGACAUGAUCCACUUCCUCACCGGCGAGAUACCCGACGAGUGGUCCUUCCCGGAGCGGUACCGGCACACGUACACGGUCGAGCUGACAGACCGCUGGCUCGACCCGCUCGCCGGGCCGGUCGCGGGCCAGAAGGCGAUCGAGGCGAUCGCGACUGCGCUCCAGCAGCAGUACGAGCAGUGGCAGCCGCGCGGGGUGCGCGCAGAGGGUGACGGAGCAGGUCGGGGAGCUCGGACUGGCAGCGCGACGGCCCACCGCACUUGGGCCAUAUACAAAAGCGCAUGA